AACCCGAAAAAACCAAAUUGCGCAUCACUCCAAUUCCAUAGCUGCUGAAAGAAGAACGAGAAAUUCCCCUUGUCUCUUCCGAACCUCUGAAAACCACCGACGAUGGGCUCAGUACUCUCUAACAUGCUCGGAGGAGGCGAAGGCGCCGCCGCUACCGGUGAAGACGACUCAUCGUCGGGCGAUCACUCCGGCGUCACAAAGUUCCACUCCGCUGCCCGCUGGCAGCUCCACUUCAACUCCCUCAAAGAUUCCAACCAGCUGCUGGUGAUCGAUUUUGCGGCGUCUUGGUGCGGGCCUUGCCGGUUCAUCGAGCCUGCGGUGAACGCUAUGGCUGCGAAAUUCACCGACGUCUCCUUCGCCAAGAUCGAUGUGGAUGAAUUGCCCGAAGUGUCGCAGGAAUUUGGGGUGCAGGCGAUGCCGACGUUUGUGCUGGUGAAGAGAGGGAAGGAAGUGGACCGAGUGGUGGGAGCUAAGCAGGAUGAGCUGGAGAAGAAGGUCUCCAAAUACAGGUCUGCUUGAGUAAACACAGCCCUCUCUUUUUUCCUUAUACCAAUGAAUAGAGCUGGCUUGCUCUUCAGUGUAUCUGGUCUGGGAUCAAAUGUUCAUAGAGGUCUCGGUGUUCUUAUUUCAUGACAAACUUUUGUGAUUGCUGAAGAGGAAUGGUGACAAAUGACUAAAGUGUUUGUGUUACUGCUGUCUGAUUCUGGUUGGGAAUGUGUAUUGACUAUGGUGAUUGGCUCAGUGGACAGGAUUAUGAAUGGGGGAGAUUCGGUAUGUUAUUUUCAUUUGCUGAAAUCUUUUAAGGUCUAUUCGUUUCGGGUCCAGUUAGGAGUUGAAUGGGAUGUGUAUGCACGAACUGAUAUUGUUGGAUCAUUGGCUCGGAAUGAUAUGAACAAAUCUCGCUUGUUGUAUGCAAUGGCGUUAUGUCCACUGUUGCUACCAUGUGUAAUGGAUGGUUGAAAGCACACGACGGCGGGC